CGGCGCCGGUAGGCGUGCCCUCGGCCGGCUGAUGAAUGGAGGCGCCCCGGCGCCCUCGGGCGCGCAGUGCGGGAUGGGGGUCAGCGGCGUGUGCGCGCUGUGGCGGCGGGUGUCGGGCCCGGAGGAGCAGCGGCUGAUGGAGCUCCUCUCGUACGGGCUGGUGGCGAUGGGCGCCGGCUCCGCCGUGCUGCUCCGCUUCAUACGCAUGCCCUACGGGCGUUACUCCUCGCGGCGCUUCGGCUGGCUGCUGCCCGCCCGCCCCGCAUGGGCGCUGCAGGAGCUGCCCUCUCUCCUCGUCCCGAUCGGGCUCGCCGCCUGCGGCGGGGCGGUCACCGCCGACUGGCCCAAUCGCAUUCUGCUGGGCUGCUUCGUCGUGCACUACGUACAGAGGGCACUCAUAUUUCCUCUUCUGAUCCGGGAAGGAAAACCAACACCAUUUUUCACUUUUGUGCUGGCGCUUCUGUUCUGUGUUUAUAAUGGAUAUUUGCAAGGCCGAAGCUUAAGCAACUAUGCAAAAUACCCUUCAGGCUGGUUAAAAGAUCCGCGUUUCAUUACAGGUUUUAUAGGGUGGUUGAUUGGCAUGGCAGUCAAUAUUCAUUCUGAUCAUAUUCUCAGAAAUUUGAGAAAACCAGGGGAAACCGGCUACAAGAUACCAAGAGGAGGAAUGUUUGAGUAUGUCAGUGGAGCCAACUUUUUUGGAGAGAUCCUGGAAUGGUUUGGGUUUGCCCUUGCCUGCUGCACCAUUGAAAGCCUUGCAUUUGCAUUGUGCACCCUUUUCAUCCUGGGUUCAAGGGCAAAACAGCACCACCAGUGGUACCUUGAGAAAUUUGAAGACUACCCAAAGAACAGAAAAAUUGUGAUCCCAUUUGUGUACUGAGCUGUCCUUUUAACACUGGUUUGUGAAAUGGAUGUUUUUUGUAGCUGCUAAUACUUUACAGGUGGUGUUGACAGGUUAACAACAUACUCUGAUCAUCACUGUGACAAAGGCUUUGCAUCACUACUACUUAGUUACUGCUUUUCCUCUUCAUGAAAACCCAGAAUCUGAUGGACAUGGUUAAUAGGAACAGAAACACUUUUCCAACAGUGGAGCACCAUCAUAAAUACGUUGGGCAAUGUGUCUGAGUUCACAUCAUGGAAAGUACCAUAUGAGACUUCUCGUGCUUCCUUUUCUCUCUGUGCAGGCUUCUCCUGUUUCCACUCAAUAUAGCCACUGUCCUGAGGAUUAUGCUGUUAGUCCCGUCACCCUCACUGCAGUCUGGAUGGUGUGUUACUUGCCAGCAUACAUAAAUGGGGUCGGUUUUCUCCCUGUGCUUUCCUAAUCCUUUCUUCCCCUAACCUGCAUUUCCAGGAGAACUGAUGGUGCAGACCAAGGACAUUAGAUGAAUAUAGUUGCUGUUAGGUGAAAGACAGUGUUCUUCCUGCUCCUUGCACUCUUACACAGGUAUGGACACUGCAUAGGUAAGACUUAACACCACUUACAUGAACAGUUUAGUGCUACCUUUCCUAAAUAAUAGAUUGUCAUCUACCUCUCAGAAUUGAUAACUAUCUCAAUAUUAAUCUGUUUUCUCACUCAACACUGUUUUUGGAAGACAUUCUUUAUUUUGGGAUACUUAGGCCAGUAUAGCACUGUUAACAGUUGUGCAAUGUUUUCUAACUUACUUUAAAAAAAUCCAAGUUUUUUUACACAAAAAUUCCUUACUGUGUUAAGUAAAUUCAAGUGUCUUCCUGCUCCUGUUGAUAACACUCUAGAUGAUUUUAUGUUCCAAAAAUCUGGAGUCUUUUAGUGCUGCUUAUUAAUGUCAGUUCUCAUACACCUACAUUUUUCUCCUGAAGGAUUCCAUAAAGGUUUCAGAAACAUGACUGGAUCCCAGGUAUACUGACUUUCAAGUUCCAGGCAACAUCUGCAUCCCUUGCAUGCUUGUGAUGCUAAAGAAUUUUUCAGGAUUGCUGAAAAAGAAAAUUCUAAGAAAUCCUACAGAAACGGGGGGGGGAAGAACCAAAACAAACCAAAACCAACCAAACAAAAGCCCCACAAAACAAACAAACCCAAACCAACAACCAAAUAAUAAUUAAAAAAACCCCAAACCCAAAACAAAAAGGCAACAAAUGAAACAGCUUACCACAAAAUGCAAAAACUGCUGCUAAUAUGCUUCGGAAAUCAAUGGAAGUCAAACUUUUGCCAUGUGUCUUCUGAUCUGCUUACACUUGAUAUGUUGGGUUAUGUUCUUCUAAACCAAUUAGUAAUACAAGUUUGAUGUUGAGUUUUCCAGUUUGGUAUUGCAGUGAGCUUUGUCUCAAAACUUUGUUUGUUGUUGCAUAACAAAAAGUUCUAUUGUUAUUGACUGAAAUAGUCAAAGGAAGGAUGGGAGGGAAACCAGAGGAAGGAUGGGAGGGAAACUGGCAAUUCUGCAGCAAUGACUUACCUAGAGUUAAACCCUUGGACUGCCAGUUGCUCCCCAUAGCAUUGACAAGGAUGACUGAUCCUGCUCUUGGACAACAUCCAAAAAGUCUGGCUCUAGGAGCAUGCAGUAGUAUCUAUUCCUUUGAUACUAGUGUCAUUACUCAAUUUGCAGAUUGUUUAAUAAUUUCUUUAUUUCUUUCCUUAGUGUUUUACAGGAAGUUCGAGACUUCUCUUGUUUUUGUUAUCACACUAUAAUUUGAUAUUUGAUCCUAGCUGUUCUGAUGAACACCAAGUCAUGAAGUUCCCUAGGGAGAGGAGGGUGAGGAGGAUGACUUUACUCCUCAGUAUAUUAAAAAUACUGAAGUGGAGUUAGUGGACCAUAAAAGUUCACUAGGAUCACUUAAAGCAUAUUCUGAAGAGAAUUUUAGAAACCUAGUCUUAGAUGUUGAGAUAUUUCUAAACCAUAUCACAUUCCUAUGGCAAUUUUUCUAAACCCUGGUAUCUAAAUCAUCCAGCUAUCAAAAUCUGGUUUAGGGGAAAAAUACAGGAUUCAAAGAGCACUGUCUACUCUUGCAUAGCUUAAAUACUUGCACAGUUUAUGGUAAACUAAUAUAUCUUUAGGGAUAUUUGUUUAAAAAAAAAUCAGUAAUGGGACAAGCAACCAGUAAAAAAGAAAAUCUGGCUGCAGCACUUUAGUCUCUAAUCCACCACCUUUUUUUUUUUUUUUUUUUUUGGCCUUUAUGAAAAGGCAGAUAUUAUUUUAAUAGUAAACAGUGAGAGAAACUGCUUAGUGUUCAGUAUGUAUCCUCAUAUUUAAGAGCUGUAGCGCUCUGUCAUCGGUAGUCUUUAUCAUAGUUUACAGAAAAUUUGUACUGAUGCCUCAGUUUUGCUGUGGUGCUGUGCUGCUAAAUACUUGACUAAAAAUUCAUCUCAUUUGCACACAUAAUGUUAAUUUAUGGUUAACCUAUAGCAGGAUGGGGAUGUGAUGCUCUGAUAGCUGAUCUGUGUUCUUUGUCUUGUUAUGAAAAAGAAAAGCUAAGGUCUAUGGGAUGUUAAUGUCAGUGCAUUUAGAAAUUCUGGUUAAUUGGAUAUUUAAAAAAAAUAAAGACAGUUUUUGUUCUUUGUGUGUUUACAUUUUACAUUCUCAUUAUACUGCUGGAACCUUCCUUGAGUAAAGUGCAGAAUUUGAGGCAGUUCAUUAGAGAAGCAGCUGAGGGAACUUGGGUUUUUUAGACUGGAGAAAAGGAGGCUGAGGGGAAAGCUUACCACGCUUUACAACUGCCUAACAGGAGGAUGGAGUGAGGUGGGUGUCAGUCUCUUCUCUCAAACAACAGGAGGUUAGACUGGAUAUGAGGAAAAAUUUCUUCACCAACAGGGUUGUCAAGAACUGGAACAGGCUGCUUAGGGAAGCACUUGGGUGGAGCCACCAUCCCUGAAUGUACUUAAAAAGAGGCAUGUAGGUAUGGCAUUUAGGGACAUGAUUUAGUGAUACACUUGGCAGUGCUAGGUUAAUGGUUGAACUUGAUGAUGUUAAGGAUCUUUUCUAACCUAAAUGAUUCUAAGAUUUUUGCAUUUCAAGACCAAGGUACAUUGGUGAAAAGCAUACAAUCAACUUGGUCAAAUGCCAGAACUGUCUUUCGUUUAAACAAUAUCCCAUUUAUUUCUCACACUUCACUCAUGCUCCCUUCCCCUUUUAGCAGCUUACACAUUUUCUCUGUUUGAAAAUAUCUGAUACUGAAAAAUUUUUCUUGAAAAUACAUAGUGUGAAAAUGAACUCUGUUCUGCCUGUUCCAGAAGGAGAAAACAUGUAUUCUUGCUACUGGGUAUAAUAUCUGUAGCAAGUUUUACAGAGGCAUUUCCAUCUUUCCCCAAAAUCCCCUCUACUAAUAAAAUAAUGGCUUGCAGGGUCUUUCUUGAAUACUUUUUUCCUGUUCGUAAUCCUUGCUGCAACUUGUGGAAGCUGAUGAAGGCUUUUGUACCACCGAUUUCAUUAUCUCAAAUGCGGUCUUGAGGACUGCAACAGUAAGGUUGUAUUAGAAUAACAUAGAUGCAUGUGGGAACUUGACAAGAUGUACUCAGAAAAUAAGUUAUUAAAAGUCACAAGAUUUUGUCUAGUGAUACAUUCUUCAUUACGAAAAAAACCAAGUAUGUAGCUGAGAUUUUCUACACUUGCAGUUACAGCAGAGAUUAACAGAAGCAGAGGCUACCUGUUUGGGUUUCUCUUCUGCUGCUAAGUCAUAGUGAACUUUUCAUUUGGGACAACUGUAGCACCUGCUGUUUCAACUAUUUUAAUUGUGAUUCAGCUAGCUUGCUGUCUUUUUGAGGAAUUAAAAUAGGCAAAGCAGGCAAGAAGUACUGAGUGCCUAACACAGUUUUUACAGCCUGUUUGGGGGGAAAAAAAACCACCUCUAGCAAACACCUGCUUGUUAAUUUAGUAAUUCCAGUAUGAGAAUGUCCCAGCUUGUUCUAUGCUAUGAAGUUUUACCAAUAAGUUGCACUUGUUGGGCAGUCUUUCAUACCUAUGUCAGUCAGUUUUGUGAGGAAAACAGACCUGUGGGUACAAUUGCACCACUUUUGCAGUGAUGCCAUAUAUCUAUCAGCAUGUAUGUGCCCACACAAAAACAGAUGUGAAAUUGUGGAAAUUCCUAUUGCAAGACAACUGAAGGGAUAAGGUUCAUUUUGAGAGUUGUGCAAAUGCAACUGGUUGCUGAGCUUCUAAAUAAAACAUGUUUUGUACA